UGCAACCCGUUGGUAGGAGUUAGUCUGUUGUGAGCUUUUGAACGGUGCGGAUCAUCAACCUUCCCUGAAGUGAAUCUCCGAUCGAAGGGAGAUCUUUUGGAUUUGGUGCGUUGCAUUGGACCCGAGACAUAUUGAGUUGGAAGUAAGCGCGCGCGGGGUAAUUUUCCAACGGGACUUGAAGGGGCCCCACCAGGAGCUGGGUCCGUUCCGUUUCGGUGUGAACGACAUAGGAAACUAGUGCGUAAACGAUUGGUUGAUUUGGCAGAGGGAAAAGUGACAAAUUUGUGAAGGCCCCGGGAACGACCGGAGUGGAAAGUGAAGUUCUGCCUUGCGGGCAAAGAAUGUGAAUUGUCGCAGUUAUCUUUCGGUCGGUCAAAGUAGCAAGUAGUAGGAAAGUGACAGUGAAAGAAGUUACGGCUGGUACUGCGUCGAAGUGAAUGUGGUUUGGUUUGAGUGCUGCUGCCGUAGGAGAAGACGGUUGACCAGUGAAGCACUAAUUGUGGGAUUAACAAACGUUCCCCUAGAAGAACUGGAGUAGGACGGACCAGCGGAGAACCGUUAAGAUGCUGUCGAGACGAGAGUUUAUCGUUGUGGCUGGAGCAGUUGCGAUAUGUAGCCUCAUUUCCAGCGUGGAUGCUCUUCAAGGGUACUACGGGACCAAGAUCGGUGAUCUUUCCCAGCUGCAUCACGGUGUAUCUGGAUCGGUGUAUGCGGUAGAUGCUCGGACUUUGUUUCUGAAGAACUUCAACUAUGACGGAGAAGGUCCAGCUGCUUACUUCUACGUGGGUAACACACGGGCACCAACUAAUAAGGGCGCUUAUCGAUUGCGGGAUGAACGAGGACGCGCCGGUGUUCUGAGGAAGUAUCGCAAUGAGGACAUUACGUUAUCACUUCCGGAAGGAAAAACCCUGCGGGACGUUCGGUGGUUCUCGGUGUGGUGUGACGACUUCAGCGUAAACUUUGGAGAUGUAGUCAUUCGACCCGAUUUGGAUUUUCCCAGACCAACCAAAAUUGGACAACUGGGCGGGGUACAUGACGUAAGUUCGGAUAGCAUUGUGAUUGUGGAUGCUCAAACUUUACUGAUUCCAAAUUUCAACUAUGACGGGGAGGCACCAGAUGCUAAAUUCUGGGUCGGUCGCGGUCCGAAACCUAGUCCUCAGGGUAUACGCAUUCCGGACGAAAACGGUAAGGAAACUCCACUGCGUCGUUACGAUAAAAAGACCAUCGUGCUGACCCUGCCCGGGGAUCUGACUGUGUUCGACAUCGGUCACUUUGGCGUUUGGUGCGAAGCCUUCACCGUUGACUUUGGACAUGCUCGCAUUCCGGAUCAGAUAAACGUGCCACCGUCUCUGAAGAUGCUGGGCAUCAGCCCACAGUCCAAACUGAACUGCGAAGUACUCCUGGAUGACCUGGCGUUCGAGGUACGGUGGGCCGUCGCCGGCGAGAGCAUCGUCAUCCAGCUGGUGGCCAAAUUAGAGGAUGGCGAGUACAUGGCCUUUGGUAUCUCGCCGGAUAGCGCAAAAAGUGUGAUGGUUGGAGCCGAUGCAGCUGUGGUCUGGGUUGACAAAGCUACCGGUAAAGGGUACGCUCAGGACUACUAUCUAGAUGCCAAGUCCCAGUGCUCCGGUUCUCGUGGAAGUUGUCCAGAUACUCGAAUCAGCGAAAACAGCAACUCAAUUCGCCUGCUGAAUGCUGCCAUGGUUAAUGGCUAUUCCAUCGUCACCUAUCAACGUCCACUACGAGCAACAGAUCACCUCGAUCUACCAAUAUUUACCAACAUAUCUCAGGCUAUCGUUUGGGCUAUCGGACCACUGAAUCAACGAUACGAGGUAUCCUAUCAUUCUCAGUUCCUCAAAAACAACAAGUUGGUCGACUUUGGACGACAGCCCUACUGGAACUGUCCAACGCCUGAAUCCGACCAGCAGAAAGCGGCGCAAGAAAGUCCCCAGCAACGACCCGGAACUUCGGAACCCAACCGGCGGGCUGAUGCGAUGCAGCGACCCAGGGCACCCGCGACAGCACGGCCCGCAGCAAAACCGGGCGCCUGGGAAAUCCCACCGAUUCAAUGCGACGAACCGGAUGAUGGUGUCUUCUACGCUCAGAUGGGACCGACCGGUGGCAAGCAGGGGUAUCCUUCGAUUACCGGUCACGUUGGUUGGGGUGUUUCCUGGUACAUCAAUGGGUUGCUGAUUCCGGAGAUCAACGUAGUACGCGGAAGAACCUAUACAUUUGUUACCGAAGGUGGACAUGAUUCGGAGGUGCCAGCCAAGUACCAUCCGUUCUAUAUUACCGAUGAUCCUGUCGGUGGAUAUCAUCACCAAGAAGAGGACGUCAGAAAGAACAUCACUAUCUUUGCCGGAGUCCAACAGGAUCGCAACGGGAACCUUAUUCCAACCGGUGUUGGCCGUCUAUGCAACUGGGUUCCGAAUCCGGAUGGACCACCAGCCGACUCGUAUCCCUCAUUUGGAGCAUACCAGCGUUCUCUGACGUUGAAGUGUGAUAAUGGAGAGCCAGGGUUCAUCAGCUGGACGCCAGAUGCAAACACCCCGGAUACGGUGUACUAUCAAUGUUUUACUCAUCGUUAUCUUGGGUGGCGUAUCAAUGUGCAUGAUUCUUGCGAUAUUGCAGCUGCCAGUGAAAUCGACGAAGUGUACGCAGAACCUGACGAUGACAGAAUCAACGCGGAACCUUCGAUUCGGCACGAAUCGAAGUUGCUCCCAUCGGAUACCUUCCUACAACAGCACGAAAACUUUAUUCAGCAAUCAAGUGAGAAAGAUGUGAUCAAAAAUCACAAAAUGAACGAAGAGCAAGCGAAAGACGAUCCCAAACUAGACCUGGAAAACGAUCCGGAAAUGACAAAAAUCAUCGAAGAAGGCAUCCGAGCAGCGGAAGAUUUGGAGGAAAAGCUGAAAAGCAACCAAACCUACGGUAACUACAGCGUACACGAGCAAGGUCCAUCUCAAACCGAGGUUGUUCAUUCCGCCAAACCGGUGCUGUCCUCUUCCGGACUACCGGUAUAUUUACGACCUCCCAACAGUGGUCCAAUAUUCCGCCCGGUAAAGUUACCAAUGCGUCGACCAAUCGCCGUCGAAAGACGGCCCAUCAACGGACGCCCGAAUCGCCCUUUCAACAUCCCACAACCCUCCAUGAUCAUCAACCAUUACCAGAAACCGAUGAGCCCACUGAUGCGACCAUUUAUGCAGAAAAACAAACUCCCAUUGAAAGCCAUCGCCCCCAUCCUGCUGUUAGGGGAACCGACGGAGAUCAAACCAUUCCGUAAAGUGCCACCACCUCAAUCGAUGGAAAUGGUAGUCAUUAAACCUACCAAAACAGCCCAGUACAUGAUCCCGGAAAUGUCACCCCAUCUCAGCAUGGGGAUGAAAAUGGUGGAACAAAAUCCCAUUAGCCUCCCGAUCCGGUACAACAGGCGACCGAUCAUGAAGGAACCCCUGAACAUUAAACCGAUCUUUAAGAUGCCUUACGAUAUCCACGAGAACAAAACACCGGUGGACCAACCGCCGAAUGCAGGAUUCGAACCAAGUUCGGUUGUGGUGGAGAGUGGUUUCAAACCAAUUUAUCGUCGGAAAGGCGAAACAAACGCCGAGUUCGAUGACCAGAUGCGACAUCAUGGGAAUUUGAUUCAACGUCGGCAGGACUACGAUAUCGAUGAAGCCAUCGAAAGUGAUGCACUGAUGAUCGGAAGUGGAGAGCCUCAGCGGCAGGCUUUUGAGCCGAUGUUUAUCCCUUCGCCCCUGGACAGUAUGGCAAUGGCGCAAAAGUCGGCUGAAGUUGACGGGAAAAAGGAUGUGGUGGGCAGCAGAUUAGAGCAUUUGAGUGGCGAUUUGAAACAAAUGAACGUGGAGGUGGGCGAAGACAAAAUGGCGAUGGCCGACGAUCGAGUCGAUUCGUUUUAUCUACCACCGGUGACACAAAACGUGAUCAAGGUUUAUCCCGAAGGUUCCGCAGUGUCCUACGAUGGUAAGGCAGUGCUUGAUGUUUCGCUGUUGAAGUCAUCCAGCAACGUCCGACAGGAGUCGAUUAAAGCAGUUUCGAAGACGGAACAGUUCGUGCGAGAUAAUCCUCAAUUCGGACCAUUCCGCGGGGACAUCCCUCCCAUCUCCGAUUACGUGGCGCCUGAUGUGCAUCCGAUCUACGGAGUGCGAGGAGCAAAUCCGGUUCAACCACCAGUUUCCGAAUAUGCGAACCCGCUGGUCCCCGGUGGAAUCAAUUCACAGGACGGCAGCAAAGAUCUAAGCGUGAAACCGAUCUCCACGAAGCUGUCCAUUAUUAAACCUGUCGAAGAGCAGCCCGAACAAACUCGGAAGAAACGCGAUGCUCAUCACCACCCGGAUCACGAUGGGGACAAACUGGAUGAAGGCUGGGAAGAGCAGCAGAAAACGAACGGUGCUACGAAAGAAACUGUUGCAACUCUUCUCUUUGCCGUCACUUCUCUGAUACUCCUCCGAAGAUCGCUUUGAAGCUCAUCGUAGGCGUGUCUUUAUUAUCAUUGUUUUGGUUUAAGUAUUACUAGGUAAGUUUUAUUUAAUGCAAAAAAGCGACCGUUUCAAAAUUGUGCGCAAAAUUACACUGUAAAUAAUCGAACAAGCCUCCC